AUGCCAAAUAAUACUCCAAAUGAAGAGUCCGGGCUGUGUCAAAGACGUUCAGAGGCUAGCAGGAAGACUUACCGUGCUGUUCCGCUUCCUCAGAGCGUCGGCAGCGAAGGCCCUGCCCUUCUUCAACUUGAUGAGAAAGAGGAUAUGGUUUUGGUGCGGGAAGAAGGGAAGGUUCAACAACGCAUUUACUUUGUGAGUAGAGCACUGCAAGGAGCAGAACUGAGAUACAGCAAAUUGGAGAAACUGGCACUAACACUCCUGACCUCUUCCCGUAGACUAAGGCAAUACUUCCAAGGCUACCAGAUUGUCGUGAGAACAGACCAAGGAAUCCGUCAAGUGCUCCAGAAAUCUGACUUGGCGAGAAGAAUGAUGACUUGGGCCAUUGAGCUCUCCCAGUAUGAUUUGCGAUAUGAGCCCCGACACGCGAUCAAGACGCAAGCAAUGGCAAAUUUCCUGGUUGAAGUGACGGGAGACCCAACCGAGGAAACAGGCAUACGGUGGAGGCUCCAUGUGGACGGGGCCUCCAACAAAACGUCCGGAGGUGCCGGGAUCAUCUUGGAAAGCUCUGCUGGGGUCAUAUACGAACAAUCGAUCAAGUUUGAGAUCCCCAUAUCGAACAAUCAAGCGGAGUACGAGGCCCUCUUGGCAGGCUUAAUCCUAGCUCGGGAAGUUGGGGCGGCGAGGUUGGAAGUGUGUAGUGACUCACAGGUCGUUACCUCACAGGUAAAUGGAAGCUACCAAGCCAGAGACUCGCAGUUACAGAAGUACUUGGAGAAGGUCAGAGAAUUGAGCAAGCAGUUCGAGGAGGUCACGAUCCAACACGUUCCGAGGGAAAGGAACACACAGGCAGACCUCCUAUCCAAGCUAGCAAGCACGAAACCAGGAGCCGGUAACCGAUCUCUCAUUCAGGACAUGGUAAAGGAACCAGAGGUUGCCCUCCACUUGACAAAGAUAGGCCCCUCCUGGAUGGACCCCAUCACUGAUUUCCUGAAAAACGGCAAACUCCCCGACGACGAGAAGGCAGCUAAAGCGUUGAGACGGGAGGCAGCCAAAUAUGCGGUAAUACAAGGGCAACUGUUCAAAAAGGGACUCAGCCAGCCCCUAUUGAAGUGCCUGCAUCCCAACCAAACGGACUACGUGCUCAGAGAGGUCCACGAGGGUUGCUGUGGUCACCACAUCGGGGGCAAAGCCCUAGCUAGAAAGCUCAUCCGAGCUGGAUAUUACUGGCCAUCGAUGAUGAUGGACUCCAAAGAAUUCGUAAGGAAAUUCGUCAAGUGCCAAGAGAAUGCCAACUUCCACAAAGCGCCGGCAACCGAAUUAAGCCUAUUGACGUCCUCCCGACCUUUCGCACAGUGGGGAAUCGACCUACUGGGGCCUUUUCCGGUUGGCCCGAGGCAAGUCAAAUACCUCAUAGUUGCUAUCGAUUACUACACCAAAUGGAUAGAGGCUGAACCACUGGCCAGUAUAUCCUCAUCCAAUUGUCGCAAGUUUAUGUGGAGGCAGGUGAUAACUCGAUUCGGCAUCCCGGAAGUUGUCUCCGAUAACGGGACACAGUUCACUGACAAGAAUUUCGUGGAGUUUCUCACUGGUCUGGGCAUAAAGCAGAAAUUCUCCUCUGUAGAGCAUCCCCAGACGAACGGUUAA